AUGCUUCCAAACGGGGAUUUUGAUCCUGAUGCUUAUGAAGAUGAAAAUGAUUGGGAUCCAGAUGAGGAAACAGAGCAAGGUGCCUUGUCGCAAUAUGGCCAUUGCACUGAUAAGAGAAGGGCAGUUAGGGACAUGGUGAGGAUAGUAGAAGAGGGUUUAGUGAAGAAGGGGAGGCUUGAUAUGGGGGCCUCAUUUGUCACUAUAUGGAUAUUUGCAGAGAUUGGCAUUGAGGUGGAUAAGUGGGAUGAUUCCGAGCAGGUAUUACAUGCCCGAUAUGUGACGCCUACUUUGCCGGUCCCGUUCUUUGUCUCGGUGGCAUAUGGCAAAUGUUAUAGGGAAGGAAGGCUGGAAAUGUGGGAUAAACUUCGGGACCUUGCUGUGAAGCUGGAUGGGUUGCCUUGGUUGGUUGGAGGCGACUUUAAUACUUUUGUCUCCAAGGAUGAAAGGCAAGGGGGGAGUGUGCGAAAGAAGACUAGAGAGAUGCUGGAUUUUGCCGAGGUUAUUAGUGACUGCCAGCUUCUGGAUAUAGGGGCUGAUGGUCCUAAGUUUACGUGGGCACGAGGGGAUACUUUUGAGAGAUUGGAUAGAGUCUUUCUCGGUGAGGGCUGGGCGAACUUGUUCGAAUCCACCAGUGUAAUGAAUCUGCCCAGAUUACUGUCCGAUCAUUUCCCUUUGCUGGUUGAGAGAUGCUGGAAGGAUGAUACAGGUAUAAGGGGAAUGAUCAAUGUGCAGAUUAAGCUGAGUCGGCUAAAGACUAGCCUGAGAAUCUGUAAUCGGGUAGUCUUCGACAAUAUUUUUGAAGGGUUAAAGAAGGUUGAAGCAUAG